ACCAACAUUUUUUUUUUAUUCUUCACUCUCGAUAAAAAAAAAAAUCUCAAUAAUUUUUCAGUUGUCAGUCAAACAAAGGACAAAGAAUUCGUUUGCCCUGAUGUAGAAGGAAACGGAAAUUUUGCUGACCCCGCCACUUGUAGGAGAUUUUACCAGUGUGUUGAUGGAUAUCCGUACCUUAACAGAUGUCCAUCCGGAUUAUAUUUCGAUGACAUAAAUAAAUUGUGCACAUUUAAAUCAGAAGCGCGAUGCGGGCCCAUACCAACGACUCCUGCUCCUAUUACGGAAGCUCCGGUUGAUUUAGCAGUUAAAUGCAAUACAUCUGAAUGUUCUCUUCCUUAUUGCUUUUGUUCAAAAGACGGUACCAAAAUACCGGGAGAUCUUGAUCCCGAAGACACACCUCAAAUGAUUAUUUUAACAUUUAAUGGAGCAAUUAAUCAAAAUAAUUAUGAACAAUAUCAAAAGGUAUUUCCUUCGACAAGAAAAAAUCCUAACGGAUGCGAAAUAAGAGGUACUUUUUUCGUUUCUCACGAAUACAGCAAUUACAAUAUGGUUCAACAAUUAUCUCACGAUGGACACGAAAUAGCUACUGAAACAAUUUCAUUGCAAAGAGAUCUUCAGGAUAAGGGAUACGAAGAAUGGGUGGGAGAAAUGAUAGGAAUGAGAGAAAUUCUUCGGCAUUUCGCCAAUAUACCAAAACAAGACAUUGUCGGAAUGAGAGCUCCUUUUUUGAAACCCGGUCGAAAUGCUCAAUAUGAAGUAUUAGAAGAUUUCGGAUAUAUCUACGACAGUUCCAUUUCAAUUCCGCCUUUAAAAGUACCUAUAUGGCCCUAUACUUUGGAUUAUAAAAUACCCCAUGAAUGCAAAUCCGGAACUUGUCCAACCAAAUCUUUUCAAGGGAUAUGGGAAGUUCCAUUGAAUGCUCAUUAUGUUGAAACCUACGAAGGAGGUCAUUGCCCACACCUUGAUCAAUGCGUUCUUCACAAUCACAGCGAAGAUGACGUUUUUGAAUGGCUACAAGAAGAUUUUUUGCGGUAUUACGAGCAAAACAGGGCUCCUUACAUGAUGCCGUUUCACACUAAUUGGUUUCAAAUAAAAGAACUAGAAAAGGGACUGCAAAAGUUUUUAGACUGGACUCAAACUUUACCAGACGUAUGGUUUGUCACUAUUACUCAAGCACUGGUAUGGAUGACCGAUCCAACAGAAACAAAAACUCUCAACAACUACGAUGCUUGGAACUGCCAAAAGCGAGAAAUUUCAACUCCUGCCCCCUGUAAUUUGCCUAACAAUUGUGCUUUGUCGUUUAAACCAGGAGAGAACAACAUAACUACAACUAGGUACCUGGUCACGUGCAGAGAUUGUCCGGCCAAAUAUCCCUGGUUAGGAGAUUCAGAAGGUACUGGCAUCCCUGGUAGGGACAAUUAUACACCCGAAAGUAGGACUUAG